AUGACACCGGAUCAGAGUCCAGCAACUUCUCUCAUCGACCAAACCAUCAGGAUGAGGAAAGAGACUGAGGCCCGGAAAGUGGUCUUGGCCUGGGGACUCCUGAACGUGUCCGUUGCGGGCAUGAUAUAUACUGAAAUGACUGGGAAACUCAUAAGCUCAUACUACAACGUCACAUACUGGCCACUCUGGUAUAUUGAACUGGCACUUGCAUGUCUGUUCAGCCUGAAUGCUUUAUUUGAUUUCUGGAGGUACUUCAAAUACACAGUGGCACCAACGAGUUUGGUCAUGAGUCCUGGCCAGCAGACCCUGCUGGGGCUGCAGAAUGCAGUGGUACAAACGACUCCACCACGUGAGCUGGCAGCAAAGAAAGUCCCGUCUUCGACGCCUUCUCCUCCCAUCCAGGGUCAAAGCGUGCUGAGUUACAGCCCGUCCCGCUCCCCUAGUGCCAGUCCAAAGUUUACUACCAGUUGUAUCACAAGCUACAGCCCUCAGCUACAGGCUCUGUCAAGCAGCAGCCCUUCUUACGGCAGUCCUGUAACCUAUUCACCAAGCAGCAGCUACAGUAAGGUUUCCAGCUUCAGCCCCUCUCCCAGUGGAUCACCAUACCCCACGAGUAUCGGACCAGUGGAAAGCGGUGGGCUGAGGUCCCGUUACCGCUCUUAACCCAUUCUGUAUAAUUCUCCUACUGGCAAAGAAGACUACAUGACAGACCUCAAAUCGCUGGACACCUUCCUUCGAAACGAAGAAGAGAAACAGCAAAGAGUUCAACUGGGAAGUUCAGAUUCCAGCUCUCCUUCCAGCAGCCCAACUUUUUGGAACUACAGCCGUUCCAUGGCAGACUGCGCACAGAUGCUGAGAAAGUUCCAGUAUCAGCUGGCUUGCAGGUCCCAGGCUCCAUCGGCGCACAAGGACGAAGCCGAUCUGAGCUCGAAACAGGCUGCAGAAGAGGUUUGGGCACGGGUGACAAUGAACCGACAGCUCCUUGAUCACAUGGAUUCCUGGACCGCUAAGUUCAGAAACUGGAUCAAUGAGACUAUUCUAGUGCCACUUGUCCAAGAGAUCGAGUCUGUCAGCACUCAGCUGAGAAGAAUGGGGUGUCCAGAAUUGCAGAUCGGAGAAGCCAGCAUCAGCAGUCUGAAGCAGGCAGCGCUCGUUAAAGCUCCCCUCAUUCCAACCCUGAACGCGCUAGUGCAGUAUUUGGAUCUUACCCCAAACCAGGAGUAUUUGGUCGAAAGGAUCAAAGAGCUUUCUCAGGGAGGAUGCAUGAGUUCCUUCCGCUGGAACAGAGGAGGGGAUUUCAAAGGCCGCAAGUGGGACACCGACUUGCCCACUGACUCCUCUAUCAUCAUGCACGUGUUCUGCACUUACCUCGACUCCAGGCUGCCGCCUCACCCCAAGUAUCCCGACGGCAAAACCUUCACUUCCCAACACUUCAUCCAGACGCCGGACAAACCAGACAUUUCCAAUGAAAACGUGUUUUGCAUCUACCAGAGCAGCAUCAACCCGCCUCACUACGAGCUCAUCUACCAGCGCCACGUCUACAACCUGCCCAAGGGCAGAAACAACAUGUUCCAUACCCUGCUCAUGUUUCUGUACAUCAUCAAGACAAAAGAAUCCGGGAUGCUCGGGCGCGUAAACCUCGGCUUGUCGGGAGUCAACGUUCUGUGGAUUUUUGGAGAGUAACGUCUGCGGCGGGAUCAGAGGAACGACGCUGCCCCCGGCGA